UCUUUGAUCAUUUUAGCGACUUAGCAUGUACACUUCUCUGAGUUCUCUCAUUACAAUGUCUUUGACCCAACCUACUUUUGUGUCCCACUUUUAUUAAGUGACCUUUCAACCUAGAUUAUCCCGACUCGAACCGCCGAACCAAGUCAAAUUAGGCCUCAUCUAAUGGCUUGAAAUCAGAAUACUCUUCAACAAAUUUUCCAGUGUCACUAGCUUAGCGCACGUCUAAACUACUGCCACACUCUGCCAUCUCUAAUACGGAGUACUCCGUAGCAAGCAAGAGAGAUAAAAAGUCAAAAGGCAGAGGCAAAGGAAAAGUCAAAGGAGAGAGAAAGAGAGGGGAAAGAUGGCAACCAUAGAAACUUGGGUAAACAACCAUGAUACAGUCUACACUGCAGCAACUCGCCACGCUUUUAUACGCUCCAUCCGCGAUGGCUCCGUUAAUCUCUCCUCUUUCAAACGCUGGCUGGGUCAGGAUUACAUAUUUGUCAGGAAAUUUGUUCCUUUUGUUGCUAGUGUCCUGGUGAAAGCUUGUAAGGAAUCAGAUGAUGAAUCGGAUAUGGAAGUUAUUUUAGCUGGUUUGGCUUCUCUGAAUGAUGAAAUUUCUUGGUUUAAGAAUGAAGCUGCUAAAUGGGAUGUACAGCUCAGUGAGAUCACUCCUCUGAAAACAAACCAGGAUUACUGCAGGUUUUUAGAAAGCUUGAUGCAACCAGACGUCAGUUAUGCAGUGGCAAUGACGGCCUUCUGGGCUAUCGAGGCUGUUUACCAAGUGAGCUUUGCCCACUGUCUUGAAGCUGAUGCCAAAACUCCGUCAGAACUCAAAGAGGCUUGUGAGAGGUGGGGGAGUGAAGGGUUUGGCAAGUAUUGUGAAUCUCUGCAGAAGAUUGCUGAUCGAUGUGUAUCAAAGGGAUCGCAGGAUGUGCAAAAUAAAGCUGAAGCAAUGCUUUUGCAAGUUCUUGAGCUAGAAGUCGAGUUCUGGAAUAUGAGUGAGGGACAGAUGAAUUAAGGAGCAGAAAGUAUGUGUAUGAAUUUGUGUUUCGGUUGUGUUUCUUGUAUGUUUUACAGCUUAAAGUUGGUUUUGAAUCAUAAACACUUUUUUUUUUAAUAUGAAAAGAGCUCGUAAAAGCUAGUUUGGCAGGCAA